AUGGAUUCUUCCGAGAGAAGAACCAGAGAACAGAACAGGAGGGCAGUAACCAGAUAUCUCUCCAGAUCAUGCUAUGUUGAAAGCACUGAAAAUUUACAAGCCUCCAUGAGCUGUGAAAAGAACAAACAGAGAACAGCAGAUGAGACAUUCCCCCUCACCUACAGAAUUGAUUCCCAUAGUGAGAAAGAGUGCAUAUUCUUUAAUAAGUUCUCUGUCUUAAUGGUUGGUUCUGGAGGACUUGGUGGAAAGAAGACAUCAAAUAAAGCCAAGGUAAUUGUGCCACCAUCAAAGAGACUCCCUGAUACUGUACUUACAGAAACAAUAUCACUCAAUCAGGUUAUCUUAUAUCAGCUCAUUGGAGACUGGAAUUCUUUACACAGUGAUCCUAGCUUUGCCAUUCUUGGAGGUGUUGACAAACUUUUAUUAUACAGCCUUUUUUUUUCAUUUAGCUUUUCAGCUAGGCAUGUUUUACAGAAGUUUGGAAAUAAUUAUAUGUCUAGAUUCAAAGCAAUUAAAGCCUGUUUUGCAAAACCAGUAAAUCCAAGACAAAUUCUAUUAACUGAAACAUGCAAAGAAGGAAGCAGAAUUCACUUUCUGAUGAAGAUCCAAAAAACUAAAGACAUUGUCUUUUCAAAUGCACACGUGAAUCUUUUAUCAACAUCUGAUAACUAUCAGCUAAAAGUAUCUUCUAAGGAUAAAAGGCUUCAGAGAACCCUUGUUUUUGAGGAAAUAGAUCAUUGCACCAAAGAUUUUGGAAAAGAACUGGUAAAGAAAGUAAAUGAUGUAUUUGAAUGGAAUAUCCCUAAACAUGGACAAACUGCAGCACAAUGGACUAUUGACAUAAAAAAUGACUUUGAAGAAUUGUACCAAAGCCCUGCAAGAUGUUAUGCUGAUACAGUUUUCACUCUUUCACAUGAAGACUUCAUGAUUGUUUUGGGCAAAUUUAAUCCCCCAAAAGGCAAACUUCAGAUCAAAGGCAACAUCAUACUGAAACAGAAGCUAGAGAUGAUUUAUAAAGACUAUGCCAGUGUUUGA